GCCUCUUAUUCUUCUUCCGUUCCUUCCUCGUCAGCAACCUGACGGAUCGUGCCAGCCUCCUGCAUCAUUUUAGACAGCCGCGCAGCCCAUAGUGCUUUGUGUCGUUCGUGACUAGCUAGCUGUGCGGCCAGUGCAGUCAUUUGUCUCUAGGUAUCGCUGACUUACCCCAGUGGGAACGAGCUUCUUGAUCCCCACGUCGCUGCUCGGAGCCUACUAACUGAGCUCAGUUUCGUCGGGACGUGUUCUAAGUUCCAAGCACAUCUCGGUUCGAAAUGCCUUUUCUUGAUCUGACCACAGUACUGACCGAGUCGGACUAGACCUCAGUUCAACAGCAUGUGGAACAUAGAUCUCAUCAAGCAUAGGCUGGUUCUACCCAAGUCGAGAUUAGAAGAACACACCACCGACUGUGCACCAUAAUAGACUCUAUUUCAAGAAAGAACUAACGACAGACGACUGAGCAAUCGGAGAGACGUUGAUCAGGCAUCCCUUACCGGCCGGAGAGACCUUGACGAAACUUUCUUCAAGAAAGUACUGUUCACAAGCCUUGUGCAUUAUCCUGACAGGCCUGAUGGACCGCGUCUCACUCAACGCCUCGGCCUAGACCGUGCACGGCUGGCGCUGGCGGCCACGCGGGCCGUCUAGAACUGACGUCCCUCUUCUCUUCUCAUUGAAGUAGGAGUGUGGGAGGGCUCCCCUCUCCUUCCCUUGUCAGGCUUUCAUUGGUUCAAUCCAUGGCGCUACUAGAUUCCACCGCAUGCUGGGAAAGAUAUCCCAUAGGUCCGAAUGCCCGUUCCUCGAGAGGGGAUCUCAGCCGCACGCGUGGCGCACAUGCCAAUAAUGGCUUUCAGGAGGCCGUUCGAUCAAGCAGGGGAGCCCAUGUUUGUCAAAAGUGCACCCUUCGUUGGACUCGCCGGUCCAGAAUGCACGUCGCAGGGCGGCGAGCGCUGCCAUCCUUCUCAGCAUCGUCAUGAUUCUGACAAUGAUCGUCAUCAUGAUGCCGCGCAUCCUGGGGUCCAGCAGGCCCGUUCGAUAAGCACCCUGCACGCCUCCGAGCUGCACGCCUGCAGCAGCCAAUUCAGCAGCCAUUUCGGGAGCACUCGCUCUCCCUCGCUCUCCGGAAGAAGAGUUCCUGAUGAAAUCGUAUUUUGACGCGGUUGUCCGCGGCUGCUUUGACGACGGUGCGGCAAAAUAUCAGGCUUCGAGGAGAGAGAGAAGACCCUGUUCUUUGUCACCCCGGCUAUUGUUUCUGCUCACCUCACUUGCGUUGAGCGCUCACUUACAUUCCGACAUUUCAGAACCUUCUCUCUUCACCGUUUACUGCCAUGAACAAUCAGACGGCCCCAUUACCUUUCUUCGACGCCCAGUGUUCGCCUGAGCGCUCUGUAACCUGUGCCGGGUUUCCUUUAAAAGGACGCUCCAGCAGAUCCUAGGGGGCCUUCCAGAGUCCCAGGUGAACGCUGGCUCGGACGACGCCAGGGACAUCACUGCAUGGAUCAUGGGUCAGAUGGGAGCAUGGGGAAAGAUGGCUUCAAGCCAUCAGAGUUGGGAACUAUCAUGCAGAGUGACGAGCCUGGGAUCACCAUGCGAUGCAAUGAGGCGUUGCAGUCAAGAAAUGACGCAUCUGUACCAGCCGUUGCGAAUUCGCUGCCCCUGGAAGCUUGGAAGGAAGUCACGAUGACGUCUGCUCGCUGCGGCGCAGUACCAGUGGCAGUGGGGCCAUCUGGGAGUGACGUCAGCGUGAUGCUGGAUGCUUUUGAGGCCUUCAAAGGCAAUGGCCGCAGGUGGUGGAUGAAUCCUCGUUGAGUGUCCAAGGCGUGGCCGCAAUUGCAGCAGGAGCAAUGGUGUCGGUACCUGAAGUCAGCACCAUGAUGGGAAAUUAUCCCCCCCUGGUUGGAGAAGGCGUGGCAGCAAUGUCAGCAGGCGCGACUGCCUUGGCACCUGACCUCAGGACGUUGCUGGAUGAGAUGUGGGUGGCUAACCAGGGCUCAGCACCAGAAGCGGCAGUGGCGGUGUUGGCAUCCUUUGGGUCUGAUGGCGGUUCUGCUGCUGGUUCAGCUUAUGAGGUGAUUCAUGCAGUAGAGGCAUCUGUGCUGGCACUUGAGGGCGAUAGCGGCGGCCCUAGUGCCAACCAGCAGAACCAAAUGUCUGCUGUCGUGGCCGUUUUGGACACAACACCAGAGAUGACACCAGGAGCGCCAGAAGGAGCACAAAGGGCAGCACAAGCAUGUGUGACACAAGUGACACAGGCUGCAGCGCAAUUGGAAGCACAAGCAGCACCACACGCAGCAGCACAUCCAGCAUACGCAACAAGCACAACCCCGAUGGCCCCAUCCACUGGCACGAGGCUUGUGGUUGGACGGCUACCUAUUCUCCGGCGGAGCACCACGGAGAAGAAGAGACGACACAGGGUCAGUGAGGGGUUCAGGCGGUUGGAAAAGACCAUACCUCCAUCGUGGAUGCGUCAGAGGUACCCGACAAGCCUGGUUGCACGGCCUGACAUGGCUUCGCUGUUGCAAGCUGCGGUUGCAUUCAUAGAGGAGCUGGAGAACCACAAGGCUCAAUUGUCACAAGCCUACGUCCAACAGGCAGCAACAUGUUACUAUUAAUCCCAGCGUCAUAUUCAGAAUAAUCCACCCGUUGGGCACAACUCGUUGCAACAUGCUAGUAACAUGGAACACAAU